AUGAGGAAGAAGGUGGAUGAGCGAAUCAGAACUCUCAUUGAGAAUGGCGUUAAAACAAGGCAUAGGUCCAUGUUUGUCAUCAUUGGUGACAAGUACUAUGACCAGAUUGUAAAUCUUCAUUACAUGCUUAGCCAGGCACAGAUCAAAUCCAGCCCAACUGUUUUAUGGUGUUACAAGGACAAGCGGUAUGUAAGCAGUCAUAUGAAGAAACAUGAGAAGCAGAUUGAAAAAUUGAGGAAGAGGGGUCUUUUGGACCCCGAUAGAGCUGAUCCAUUUUCGUCGUUUAUGAAAAGUAAAGAAAUAACUCGUCGUUUGUAUGAGGAUUCUGAAAAAAUUCUGGGUAGUACUUUUGGAAUGUGUAUACUUCAGGAUUUCGAGGCGUUAACGCCUAAUCUCCUAGCACGAACAAUAGAGACGGUUGAGGGAGGAGGUCUCGUUGUUUUGCUUAUUCGUACUCUAUCAUCUCUUACAUGUUUGUACACAAUGGUGAUGGAUGUCCAUGAAAGAUUUCGAACUGAAUCACACAUGGAUGCCACCGGACGCUUUAAUGAACGCUUCUUAUUAUCACUUGCUUCUUGCAAGGCUUGUGUGUUCAUGGAUGACGAGCUGAAUAUUUUACCAAUUUCAUCUCACAUAAGGUCCAUCACUCCAGUUUCUGUCAAUGAGGAUUCCGAAGGACUGUCAAAAACAGAACAGGGCCUGAAGAACCUUAAAGAACAACUUGAUGAAACUUUACAUGUUGGACCAUUGAUCAGGAAGUGUUGCACAAUGGAUCAGGGAAAAGCUGUUGUCACAUUUAUGGACGCAAUUUUGAACACGAAACUGCGCAGCGCUGUUGUUGCCUUGUUGGCUGCUCGUGGCCGUGGGAAAUCAGCUGCUCUUGGUUUAUCUAUUGCUGGAGCCAUUGCUGUGGGGUAUUCGAAUAUUUUUGUAACUGCACCGAGCCCCGAGAAUUUGAAAACCUUGUUUGAAUUUGUAUGCAAAGGUUUAUCUGCACUUGGCUAUGAGGUACAUUUAGAAUUUGAUGUGGUGAAAAGUGUGAAUCCCGCGUUCCAUAAAGCUACUGAAAGAAUCAAUAUUUAUAAGCACCACAGACAGACAAUUCAGUAUAUACUGCCACACGAACAUGAAAAGCUCUCACAAGUUGAACUGUUGGUAGUUGAUGAAGCUGCCGCUAUUCCACUGCCUGUGGUGAAGUCUUUGCUUGGCCCAUAUUUGGUCUUCCUGUCUUCUACUGUUAAUGGUUAUGAAGGUACUGGACGCUCUUUAUCAUUAAAACUUUUGCAUCAACUGGAAGGUCAAAGCAACGAUUCUGCCAAGGCAACAGAGGGCACUGAUUCUGGUUUUAAGAAAAUUGAACUGAGUGAAUCCAUCAGAUAUGCUUCUGGGGAUCCCGUUGAAAGCUGGCUUAAUACACUACUUUGCUUAGAUGUUUCAAAUGCCAUCCCUAAUCUUAGCAGGUUACCUCCAUGUAGUGAGUGCGAUCUAUACUAUGUCAAUCGGGAUACCCUCUUUUCUUAUCACAAAGAUAGUGAAUUAUUUUUGCAGCAAAUGAUGUCCUUAUAUGUCGCAUCACAUUACAAGAAUUCUCCAAAUGAUCUACAACUUAUGUCAGAUGCUCCAGCACACCACUUAUUUGUGCUACUUGGACCUGUUGAUGAAUCAAAGAAUCAACUUCCUGAUAUUUUGUGCGUCAUCCAGGUUUGUUUUGAGGGGAAGAUAUCUUGUCAAUCGGCAAUCCAAAGUUUGAGCAGUGGUCGUCAACCAUUUGGAGAUCAAAUUCCAUGGAAAUUCUGUGAGCAAUUCCAAGACACAAAUUUUCCUUCUCUUUCAGGUGCUCGCAUUGUACGCAUUGCUACACACCCAAGUGCCAUGAGGCUUGGUUAUGGCUCACAAGCAGUGGAGCUUUUGAUACGUUACUAUGAAGGACAACUUACUCCUAUCUCUGAGAUGGAUAUUGAACCUGAAAUACAGGCUCCACCAAGAGUUACAGAAGCUGCAGAGAAGGCUUCACUACUUGAAGAAAACGUAAAACCUAGAACAGAUCUUCCUCAUCUGCUUGUAAAUUUGCGUGAAAGACGCCCAGAGAAGCUUCAUUACAUUGGUGUCUCAUUUGGGCUAAUGUUGGACUUAUUUUCCUUUUGGAGGAAGCUUAAAUUUUCUCCUUUCUACAUUGGCCAGAUUCCAAAUACUGUGACUGGUGAGCAUUCAUGUAUGGUCUUGAAACCUCUUAACAAUGAUGAAAUUGAAGUUGAUGGAUCAAAUCACCAGGAUUUUUUCAGACCAUUUCACCUAGAUUUUAGGCAAAGAUUUACUAGACUUCUAUCUUCCACGUUUCGUGGCAUGGAUUACAAGCUUGCUAUGAGGAUCAUGGAUCCAAAAAUCAAGUUCACAGAGCAGGAGCAGACAAAGUCCACGUCUGAUAAAUUUUCCGGGCCAGUCGGAGAAUAUGAUAUGAAGCGACUAAAGGCUUAUGUUGAUGGUCCUUACGAGUUUCGUGUGAUUUUAGAUUUAGUUCCCAUCCUUACACAUCUGUACUUUCAAGAAAAGCUUCCGGUUGAACUGUCAGCUUUACAAGCUUCUGUGUUACUUUGCAUUGGUUUGCAAAAUCAGGACAUUUCGUACAUUGAGGUACAAUUGGAGUUGAAAGAGGAACAAAUAUUGCAGCAAUUAAAAAAAAUAAUGAAGAAGUUCUACAAAUAUCUAGAUGGUCUUGAGUCCAAGAAGAUUGAAUCAACAUUCCCACGAUUGAAAGAUAUUGUCAUGGAACCUCUUAGUGUAUCUUUGGAUGAAGACCUUAACAAUGCAGCUAAACAAGUUGAGGUAUAAACUUUAUCUUUUUUUCCUUCAUAUAUUCCAACUUCAAUCCCUGCCCUUGCCACUUGCUUGUUUCCACAUUCAGUUUUUAGUAGCUCUUAUUUUCUGAAAUGAUUAUUACUUGAUAGGAUGAUAUGAAGUCAAAAGAGGAAGCACCCUUGGCUCCUGACUUUGAGUCUAUUUUACAAAAUAAUGGUGGAAAAAUGCCAUUUGAUGGUGUUAUUGCUGUGAAAGCCAUUAGGAGUGGAGUGAAACUUCAAAAGGAAAAAAGAAGUCACAAGAGUGGUGGUACAAAGCGUGGGAAAGACAACCACAGCCAUAACUUAAUCAAAAGAAGAAGAUAUUGACC